AGAUUUUUCUCGUCCGUCCACGCUUCGUAAUGACACUAAGUGAAUCUAUUGGGCAUUUGUGCACUCAUACUAUGACGUCAAAGCUGAUAAACCUGGGAUACCCCUUUGUAAUGGCACAUCGUCCCUCGUGCCAGCCUGUCGGGUGUUUACGGUCAGGCCAUGGACGGGAUGAAUGCCAUCCCACACACCGCCCCUAGUGGCGACGAUGCCGUCCCUCGCCGGUCUUGAGGAGCAGGAUAUACAUAUCUGCUUUCCGGCUCCCAAAUCCCAUUCCUCUCUCUGAUUACGGUCGUCACUCCGCGCCCAUUCCUUUGUUUUCCAAAUAGGAACCCCCACUUUAAUCUUCGAUCAACAUGUCUGGGUACUACGGUCCCUCCUUCAACCACAAGUCUUCGCGACCUCCAUCUCUUGCUGCCUCGAGAGCAAAUUCAUCAUACAGAGUAGCUCGCAGUGCACCCGUCACACCUCGCAAUGGUUCGAUCAUCACCCCUCGCAAUGGUUCCAUUGCCGCUACAAUCGCCGGCACGACUGCAGCACAAACAGCAGCCAACACCGCGGCCAACACAGGUGCUACGACACCCGCGUUGCUCUCGAGAGUGAACAGCAAACUAGAGGAGGAAGCCAACGGCAAAGAAGAAGCCCCUUCCAUGAACUCGGAAGUAUUGCGCAACGAGAAGGGCGAGCUCAUUGUUGGAAGGAUCGCGGGCGGCAAGCAUCUUACCGACGAUAUCGAGGACAUCGAUCCUGGUUGUGGUGAGAUCAAGAAGGUCGACUGCGACAUGCCUCUUACAUUGACCGAGAUGGUCCACCAUGAGGGCAAGGACUACAUCGUACUCAGCUUUGCCACUGGUGACAAAGAGAACCCGUUCAACUGGAACCCCUGGUACAAGCGCAGUAUCACCACGAUGCUGAACUUGAUGACUCUGUUCAUCGGUCUCGCGACAACGGCAUAUAGUUCGGGCAUCAACAGGAUGUGCGAGGAGUUCGGUGUCGACACAAUUUACGGUCAGCUUGGACUGUUCACCUUCAACAUUUCGUGUGCCAUCGCUCCCAUGGUACUGGCUCCCUUCUGCGAGCUUGUAGGCCGUAAGAUCGUAUACGCCAGUGCCUUUCUCUGCUUCUCGCUCAUCUUCAUCGGUCUCGCGCUCGCACAGAACAUAUCCACCAUCAUCGGCCUCCGUCUACUGCUUGGUCUCUUCGGUUGUGUCGGUACCAUCCUCGUCGGUGGUACUUUCGACGACAUGUACGAACCCCACAAGCGUGGUCGACCCAUGGCCAUGUUCGCUUUCGUCGCUAUCUUCGGUACUGUCGCUGCACCCAUCUACGCCGGGUUCAUCGACCAAUCGCUCGGAUGGCGAUGGGUUGAAGGUAUCCAGGGUCUCGCCAACAUUCCUCUCCUGAUCCUCAUCUUCGUCGCCUUUCCCGAGACACGCGGCGGUGCCAGACUACACAAGCGAGCCAAGCAGCUGCAAAAGGCAACUGGCGAUGAGCGAUACGUUGCGGAAGACGACAUUUACACCCCCGAUGUCAAGUCCAUGCUGAAGGCUUCGUCCGUCAAGGCCAUCCGCAUGCUUGUCACAGAACCCGUCGUCUUUGCCUUCGGUCUCUGGAUCGCCUUCUGCUGGGCCGUCGUCUUCCUGUUCCUUUCGGUCAUUCCAAUUACUUUCACCGAGAAGCGUGGUUGGUCUGAAGGUGUCAGUGGUCUGCCUUACAUCUCUCUUGCCAUCGGUACUUUCCUCGGCUGGGCUGCCCACCACCUCCAGAUGCGCAAGUACAACCAACUCCAAGAAGAUCCCAACGUCCGCAUCGUUCCCGAACACCGUCUCUAUGGCGCCAUGUUCGGCGCUGUCUGGCUGCCUAUCGGUCUCUUCAUCUACUCCUUCACGCAAUACGGAUACCUGAGCUGGGUUGGCCCCGUCAUCGGUCUCGCGCCCAUCGCAUUCGGUAUCUUCUUCGUUUUCGAGAGCACUUACUCCUACACUGCCGAUUGUUAUGGCGAGACGUCUUCCUCGGCUAUCGCUGGUCAGGGAUUGAUGAGGAACACGCUUGGUGCUGUUACGCCACUUUUCGCGAGCGCUUUCUUCCACAACGUAGGAAGCCAGUAUGCGGGUUUAAUCCUUGCGAUGUUCGGAACGGUGUUGAGUUUGAUUCCGUUCGUCAUGUUCAAGUACGGGCAUCUGCUCCGCGCGAGGAGUAAGUUAGCAAAGGAGUAUUAGUAGGGGAGAGUCGUUCAGAUAUUCAUAGCGCAUUAGCGUCGCAUAUUAAUCAAUUACCUUGUUGCAUUCUCUCUUGCACAAAUUGUUAAGGGCAUGUCGCUGGUUGAUGUUUUCGCCGUUCCCUGAUG